GCCAGGCCGGAACUGCCGCCGCCGCGCUCUGUCUGGGCGCUCGGGUCGGCCGCUGCCAUGGGCAUCCUGGAGAAGAUAUCCGAGAUCGAGAAGGAGAUCGCUCGGACGCAGAAGAACAAGGCCACCGAGUAUCACCUGGGUUUGCUGAAAGCAAAGCUCGCCAAGUAUCGAGCCCAGCUCCUGGAACCAUCCAAAUCAGCCUCGUCCAAAGGAGAGGGCUUCGAUGUCAUGAAGUCAGGGGAUGCCCGUGUGGCGCUGAUCGGAUUUCCCUCUGUGGGUAAGUCCACGUUCUUGAGUCUAAUGACCUCCACGGCCAGUGAAGCUGCAUCCUAUGAAUUCACAACCCUGACGUGUAUCCCCGGGGUCAUUGAAUACAAAGGAGCCAACAUCCAGCUCUUGGACCUCCCUGGGAUCAUCGAAGGCGCUGCACAAGGGAAAGGCCGAGGCCGGCAGGUGAUCGCUGUGGCUCGCACAGCUGACGUCGUCAUCAUGAUGCUGGACGCCACCAAGGGAGAGGUGCAGAGGUCUCUGCUGGAGAAGGAGCUGGAGUCAGUGGGCAUCCGCCUCAACAAACACAAGCCUAACAUCUACUUCAAGCCCAAGAAAGGUGGUGGCAUCUCCUUUAAUUCAACAGUCACGCUGACCCAGUGCUCGGAAAAGCUGGUGCAGCUGAUCCUGCAUGAGUACAAGAUCUUCAAUGCAGAAGUGCUCUUCCGAGAGGACUGCUCCCCCGACGAGUUCAUCGAUGUGAUCGUGGGCAACCGGGUGUACAUGCCCUGCUUGUAUGUUUACAACAAGAUUGACCAGAUCUCAAUGGAAGAAGUGGACCGCCUGGCCCGGAAACCCAACAGCGUGGUCAUCAGUUGUGGCAUGAAGCUAAACCUGGACUACUUACUGGAACUGCUCUGGGAGUACCUGGCCCUGACCUGCAUCUACACCAAGAAGAGAGGACAGCGGCCAGACUUCACCGACGCCAUCAUCCUCCGGAAAGGGGCCUCCGUGGAGCAUGUGUGCCACCGCAUCCACCGGUCGCUCGCCAGCCAGUUCAAGUACGCGCUGGUGUGGGGCACCAGCACCAAGUACAGCCCGCAGCGCGUGGGCCUGACCCACACCAUGGAGCAUGAGGACGUCAUCCAGAUUGUCAAGAAGUAGUAGCCCGGCCACGCCCCCGCCUGCCACCCCGUCUCCCUGGGGCGCUGAAGCCCAAACAGGAAGAAUACAAAUACACGGAUUCCAGGAAGGGCCUCUCAGGUCUCUUUUUCCAGAAGUUUCUUCAGUAGACCAAUGAAAAGUGUGGGGGACAAGGUGGGGGACUUAGGUUGAGCUGAGGGGGCAGGGUGCCCCCUGCCCUGCAGCGAGGGCCUGAUGGGUGGCUGCUCCGUGCUGUGGGAGCGGCCCUGGGGUGUCGCUGUGGGGGUGCCUUGGCCUCUGCUCCUGCGGCACCCUGGUCCUCGGGAAGGGCACCCAAGGACAAACACCCUUGCCCCCCUUGGCUCCCCCACCCCCACCCCAGGUUGGCCAGUGGUUUAACAGCCCAGUUCAUGCCCGCCACAGCCUGAUGGGUCCUGAAGUGCCACCCUCCCAGGGCAGCCAUGCCCAGCACCAAGCCCUGGGCCCAGGCCCUGUGCAGGCACCUGAGUGUGGACUUUGGAGUUCGGGUUUUUUAUUUUCUCUCUAGGCCCUCUGAUCUCGGCUCUCUCUGAAAUAAAGGAUGAGAACUGUUCCUGUUCAGAAUGAGGUCGAUUUUGUAAGGUUUCUGAACUCUUGCCAGGUUUGGUCAGUGGCCUAAUGAUCACAGUGGGUAGA